AUUCCAAGUCUCGGGGCCCGCUCAGCGGAACGUUCCCUCUGCAGUCCCUGGAGCUUCCUCCCCAGGGGCCUCCCGUGGUCAGCCGCCAGGUGGCGCCCUCCUCUGAGGGAAUUCCUCUGUCAUAGAUGGCUGGGCAGUUGCCUGGCAACCGAAACCAGCGCUCCAAACAAUUGGGACCCGGGAUCUUAUGCCAGUGAGGCUGUGCUGCGGCUGAGCGGGCCUCCCAUCCCUCUUAAAAGAGUUAGGCAUUUAGGCAUGCCUCCCACCCGGGACCCUUUCCAGCAGCCUACAUUAGAUAACGAUGAUUCCUACUUAGGAGAACUGCGGGCUUCCAAGAAAUUGCCAUACAAGAACCCAACACACCUUGCUCAGCAGCAGGAACCCUGGAGUCGGCUCAACUCAACCUCCACAAUUACUUCCAUGAGGCGGGAUGCCUACUAUUUUGAUCCCGAGAUACCAAAGGAUGACCUGGACUUCCGCUUAGCAGCCUUGUACAACCACCACACUGGGACAUUCAAGAACAAAAGUGAGAUACUGUUAAACCAGAAAACCACGCAGGAUACCUAUAGAACCAAGAUCCAAUUCCCUGGAGAAUUUUUAACCCCUCCCACUCCACCCAUCACUUUCCUGGCUAACAUCAGACACUGGAUCAACCCUAAAAAGGAGUCCAUCCACAGCAUCCAGGGAUCCAUAGUGUCCCCUCACACUGCAGCCACCAAUGGAGGCUACUCCCGAAAGAAAGAUGGUGGCUUCUUCUCCACCUAGUGUUGACAGGUCCCUGAACUAAUUAUAGUGAAACACACUGCGGCCCACUUCCAUUAAAUAGAUUUGUGCAAGAUGAA